GUUGUGUUUCAAAUUUCUGUUUGAAAUGCGAGAUGCUUUCUUAUUUAGCGGGACGUGGGACAAACUGUCCAAUUUAGGGACUGUCCCGCACAAUGUGGGACGGUUGGUCCACCUACGUGGGUGUUGCGAUUGUCAUACUGCACCCCCUCCUCUCCACCCAGACAACCUUCAGGCUUUAAAAAAGGCAUAAAUGUCACUGAAACCCGUACUUGGCAGCCAUGUACUGUGUUUCCUGGUUUAUUUUUGCUAUAAAAAGAUUGGCGUGGAAUAAUCCACAGGUAUUCACUGAUGACAUUUGCUGAAUUGUCACCUCAAAUACAGAGAAUGGUGCUCCAUUAUGUUUUGACAGCUGAUACUGUAGACACUGUAUUGUUUAGACACUUUUGUGCUUAUGUGAGCAGUAGUGACAAUGUACCAUGGUAUACUGAGCGGGACUUUCCUGGUUAAAUAUUUCUGUUAUGUAUUGUAAUGUUCAUAGUGUGCGGGGUAUUGAAUUUAUCCAGUAUUCUCUCCCUUCAUUAUUAUUUUAUGGCUGAGGUGUACCUGCACAUUAUUCUGUUUUUUAAGUUGCUUUAUUGAUUUCAGUAGAGUAGUACCUGUUCUCACAUUGUUUGAUAGGGCCCUUACUGUAAGCCAACAGAAGAGAUUAGACUGCAGUGCCUUUUGCCUGCUGAAUGCUAUCAUUAUGUCUAGUAACCAAGGAGACCUUUACUUUUAGGCACAUGAUUGAACAGCUUUGGAAGCAUAAGAGACCAACUGUUUGCUAAUUGCCUGUUUCAAUAUGUGUUUGCAUGUGGCGUUGACAGAACGGAGAAUGGUUAACCUCUGUUUGACGUAGACUGGUCUGAAUGCUGCAGCUUUCCGAAAGCGUAUCAGUUUGGCCUUCUUUGCAAUGUCUAAAAACAUGAGAGUUGAACCAAUGUAAGCAAGCUGAGUUUCUAAAAUGAUUGUUUAUUCUUGGGUGGAUUUUCUAUGAAUUUCUCGACUGAGUACACUGGGAAUAGCAUUUGAAGGAGUAUGGAAGAUUCAAAACUGCCUUCAGCUAUACGACACAAUCUACUUGAGCUCUUUGGACAGAUUGAGCGCGAGUUUGAGAAUUUGUAUAUUGAAAAUGUGGAGUUGCGUCGAGAAAUUGAUACACUUAAUGAGCGCCUGGCAGCUGAAGGACAAACCGUUGACGGAGGAGACCUGAGCAGGGGACCUUUGAAAGCAAAAGCCAGCCACAGUACCAGUCAACUGUCUCAAAAACUGAAGACAACUUACAAGGCGUCAACCAGCAAGAUUGUGUCCAGCUUCAAAACCACAACAUCAAGAGCAGUCUGCCAGCUGGUUAAGGAGUAUGUUGGACACAGAGAUGGAAUUUGGGAUGUUAGGGUCACACGGACACAACCCAUUGUCUUGGGCACCGCAUCAGCAGAUCACACUGCCAUGCUGUGGAGCAUUGAAACGGGAAAGUGCCUUCUUAAAUAUGUGGGUCAUGCUGGGUCAGUAAAUUCAAUUAAAUUUCAUCCAACGGAGCAAGUAGCUCUCACAGCAUCUGGAGACCAGACGGCUCACAUCUGGAGGUUUAUGGUGCAACUGCCCGCCCCACAGCCAACAGCAGACACCAGUCAGGUGUCUGUAGAUGACGAAAUCGACUUUUCUGAUAAAGAUGAAGCUGAUUGUGACGGGGAUGGCUCCAGCGAGUGUCCGACUAUCAGAGUUCCUUCGACUACGCUGAAGAGUCACCAGGGCGUGGUCAUAGCCGCUGAUUGGCUGGUCGGAGGAAAGCAGGUGGUCACAGCUUCGUGGGACAGGGCAGCUAAUCUGUAUGAUGUGGAAACAUCCGAGCUUGUCCAUUCACUUACAGGUCACGAUCAGGAGUUAACCCAUUGCUGUACUCAUCCCACACAGCGUCUUGUGGUCACUUCAUCUCGUGACACCACCUUCCGUCUCUGGGAUUUUAGAGACCCUUCCAUACACUCUGUGAAUGUCUUUCAGGGUCACACUGACACUGUUACAUCAGCCGUUUUCACUGUGGGGGAUAAUGUGGUUUCUGGCAGCGAUGAUCGUACUGUAAAGGUUUGGGAUUUGAAGAACAUGAGAUCUCCAAUAGCAACCAUCCGUACCGACUCCGCGGUGAACAGGAUUAGUGUAUCUGUGAGCCAAAGAAUAAUUGCUCUUCCACAUGACAAUCGUCAGGUCAGACUGUUUGAUAUGGCAGGAGUCCGGUUAGCUCGCCUUCCUCGCAGCAACAGACAGGGUCACCGUCGAAUGGUGUGCUGUUCAGCCUGGAGUGAAGACAAUCCCAUCUGCAACUUGUUCACCUGCGGGUUCGACCGGCAAGCCAUUGGAUGGAAUAUCAACAUCCCUGCCCUGCUGCAGGACAAAUAAGGGUUAGAACCGCUCUCAAGUCAUGAAGUGUUACCCACUGAAGUGUUUGUGCUGAGCUUGGAUCAAUGUGAAACUUUCUCCAGGGAGAAAGUCUUGUGUAUGUGUUGUAUUUGCACCUGUGUGCACCCUGCAUGGAAUGUAUAUAAAACGUGGGAGUGUUUUGGUUUUAAACUACCCUAUAUGCCAAUAUUUCAGUAUAUGAGCUCUUGUGUAUUUUUCUAUUUUGUUUUGGUCAUUAGAAAAACUUUAGUCUGGUAAAUGUUAAAUUGCACAUAAGUUAUUAUAAAAGCUUCAGCAGAAAAAGAAACAAAAAAGUAACAGCCUUCUGACACUCUUAUGGUUCAGAUGUGAAAUGUGUUAGUCGUAAAGGUUAGAGUCAGUUUUGUUACCUAGACGUUACACAUCUGCUUUAUUCUUCUUGCCUUGUAUAUUUAAAGAUAUAAACCAUACAUGGCUGAAUGUUGAAAUAUUAAUAUAAACUUCACGAGUGUACAAUUCCACUGUGUACUGUUUGGGAUUGGCAUACAGUAGUGUAAUGCAGGUGAAAGGUUGUCAUCUAGGCUUGUGAACAGCUGUAUGUAAAGGAUCUUAAGAAAGAGAGUUACUGAUGAACUUUUUAUUUUUAACUGCAUUUAUACAGAAUUUUACAGGACCUUGUUUUAACCCUAUUUUGUAGAUCUGUGCCACCAUCGUUUUAUGAACUGGGAGGGGAAGGGGGGUAGUUUGUUUUAGCUUCAGGAAUGAACUGACAGUUUUCAGAAUUUGGAGAAAUAAGUAUUUAAGGGUAAAAAAUAGCCCAAUAGAUUGUAAACUGUUGUACUUUUCUGUGUGUAGAGUAUGAGUGCAGAUGGUUGAACACAGUAACUGUUUAUACACUAAGUAGUGUGAUUAUUGUAUAAAACUAGUAUAUAGAACAUUUUGGGCACACUUUAAGUACCUUAAAAACAUUUUUGGCUUACUGCCUCACUUUAAGUAUUAAACAUUUACAAACAUUUGAAACCUAAAUAUUGAGCCACACCUAGGAGACACAGGUUAGGAUCUUAAAACAUUGAUUUUUAUAUGCUGUAAACUCUGAACAUCUUGCUUGUAGUUUUGAGGCACAUCACUAUUUGCCCUUGAAUGUAACAGAUACAAAUCAACCAGGCCCUUCUGUGCAUGUUAUUUGUUAAAGCAGUGCUUGCUGAUUUGAUCAGCUGUUGUUUGACAAGGGAUCCAGGAACGUGUUCGCUUCUUACAAGCUGAGAUUAUCUAUUUGUCAGUGUGUUAGUCAGUAUUUUACAAAAUGUUCAGGUUCCUUUUUUUUUUUUUUUUUUUUUUUUGCAGUUUAUGUUUUCCUUUCCACUCUAAAUAUCAUAACUGUAUUCACAUUUAAUUAAAAUGUAGGUGAUUUGUGUUUUUCUAAAUCUUUGUAUUGUUCAUUGUUUUUUAUAGAUACAUUACUGUCUUUCAUUUCUCAGACUUGAAAACAACUCUGCUUGCAAACCUAGUAAAGGUGACCCUUUUAUUGUUUUGCAGAUUUAAAUUAACGCUACAAAGUAACAUGCCCUGUUUCAUCACUAAGUGACACAAAGAUACUUGACAUUUUAUUUCAAAAUCCAAUUAAAAAAGCUUUCUAAACUUGUUUCUGCAUGGAACUUGCAUUUUCUUUUCUUUUUGCCUUUUAACCCAGCCUAAAGGAGAAGUUGUUAAUAAGCAUUAGAACACGUGUUUAAAGGUCAAUGCAGAGUCAGCGGAUCGUUUUGUUCUCUGUGUAACUCCUGCGACACAAGCUCAAUAUAAUCGCUGGGUAUUAAAAAUAGAGAACUGCCAAUUUUGCAGUUGUCAAAAACACAUAGAAAACGGAGAACCUGGUGCAGGUGGAAAUUGCACAGACAAUAGCUGAGUACUUUCAAAUAAACUGUGUCGUUUGAUCUGCAAUACAAACAGUAAUUUAGCUUGACAGUGAUAAUAGUAGUGUAUGAAGAACAUGAGCUUGUAAAUCCUAAUAAAAUAUGGUGAUUUUGUUUAAUUCA